CGGGGAACUGGCUGCACCUUCACAGCCAGUCAAACCUCAAACGGACACGCGACGGGCGCGGCCGUGAUCGUCAUCGCGCAGGCGGCACUUUCGGAGCCACCAAGGGAAGGAAAGAGACGAUCCGCUGAUCGCCGGACGACUCUCAUCCGUUCUCCAACAAAGCGGGCUGAUUGGCACUCCUGCUCCCAAGUUCCCCACUCCCUUCCCCGAAUUCCGGACCGAGUCGAUGGCGGCGACGGCGGAGAGCCCCUCGACCGGCGGCUUCGUGCUGUGGCUGCACGGCUCCGGCGGGUCGGGCGACGAGAGCCGCGCGCAGGUCGCGCCCUACUUCUCCGACCCGGGCGUCGCCUCCUCCGUCCGGCUGUCCUUCCCCACCGCGCCCACGUCCUUCAUCCCUUGCUACGGAUGCGAUCUGCUCUGUUGCUUCGCGCUAUGGCUGCUUUGCAAGGCUCGUGAUGUGGUGAUCACGGCUUGGUUCGGCAUCUCGGAGGUUCCUAUUACCGCGAAAACUGUUAGAGAUGAGAAAGAAGUCCUUAAAGCUGUUGAGUAUGUGCAUGAAUUGAUAGACAAAGAAGUAGCUGCGGGAACGAGCCCGUCAAACAUAUUCGUUUGUGGGAUGAGCCAAGGAGGUGCUCUAGCUAUAGCGAGUGCUCUACUCUACCCAAAAACUCUGGGUGGCUGUGCUGUCUUCAGUGGCUCAGUUCCGCCGAAUAAAUCAUUCGCCGAUAAGGUGUCACCUGAAGCUAGAAAGACACCGGUGUUAUGGUUUCAUGGGAUGGCAGAUGGGGUGGUCCUAUUUGAAGCAGGACAUGCUGGGUGUGCAUUUUUAGAGGAGCUUGGCAUGUCCUGUGAAUUCAAGGCUUAUCCUACCCUUGGACAUUCAUUGGUUGACGAAGAGCUUCAAUACUUUCAGCAAUGGAUCCUGAUUCGUCUAGGGAUGGCUGCAUCUGGAGCGGCUGAAACCGCAAGGCCAUCAUCGUCAUCUAACCACAACGACCAUCUCCAAUAGCUGUUUUUUUUGUCAUUGCUUAGUUUCUAGUACAAUUCAUUGCUGCUAUCUUUGCGUGGCACAUCAGUUCUCGUUGUGACGAACAUAAACAUCUUUCUUAAUCUCCUUCACAUUAUUUUUUUAUAAUAGCAGUAAUUGACUUAACAUUAUUCAACUAAGGAAUUGAAAGCCUCACGAGUUCUAACGUGAUC